GAAAGGGGAACCGAUCGAUCAUGUGUAUUUUCUACCCCUCCAUCCUUUCUCUCCCUCCCUCCCUCUCUCUCUCUCUCUCUCUCUACAUCUUUCUCUGUCCUGCCUCUGUAUCUCGGUCUGUCUGUCUCUGCCUUCUGCCUGUCUCUCCCUACCGGUUAUUUGUCACUCUCGCUACUCUGACCCGGUCUCUCUAAUUAUCUCUCUCUCCCUCUCUUCACACUCUUUCCUCUCUCAAUUUCUGCUCGCGGUAGAAUGCCGCAGACCACUAUCCAGGCCGGUGGAUAAUGCGCCGCGUUCAUGUCACGAAUUGUCCCGGCACCCACCGGCCUACAAUAUAGCGAAUGGCGGGGGCAGAGAGUAGUAGUAGUAAUCAAUGUCGCGCGUGGUUUUCAGGGCUGUCGGAGCAUGGAUCGUAGCACAUACCCAUGCUAUGCCAUCACCCAGAGAGCCCAUUUUUGGUGGAGUAGAGACGGCACGGAUAUUAUUGACGCUGGUAUGAGCAGCGAGGGAAGAAUGUGGAAGAAGCCGUGGCUGAAUCGGGUUUGUUUGGAGUUCGUUCGUCCCGCUUUACCCUUACCACUCCCUUCCACCACCCCCCCCCUCCCCCCUCCCCCCGAACGUACAAGGGGCAACGCGGACCUGGCAAGGGCCAGGAUGACCCCCCAGUUCGCUAGAUCGCGAGCAGGACCAGCGAUAUCUGUCGCUUUCUGGGUGUGUGUCCCUCUCACGCCCCAGGGGCCAGGACAGCGGGCUGGGAAGGGGACCAGAGGGCCCAAAUACUCGGUUUCCACGCCUCAACCGGAACUCGCUUCCAGUUCCACUCCUGCAACUCUGCCGCUCCCAGCUUACUAUUUAGGAUUAGUUCCCCGGGCCCUUGUUUGCGUGCAACGUCUCUGUCUCCUGUGUUCUAUCUGCCGUGCGCCGGCCAUUCUUCUCUCAUUUAUCAUUUUCUCCAGCCGAAGUGUCGUCGAGGGAGAGGUCGAUCCCGACUUGUUGCUACUGUUCCGCCAGCUAGAUCCGCCAGCUAGGCCCGCCAGAUUGAGCCCGGCAGCUCCUCUGAGCGAGUCUGUGUAGGUGUGCGUGUGCGUGUGUGUGAGAGCGAGAGCGCGCGAGCGCGUGUGUGUGUGCGUGUGUCGUUCUGUGUGUGUCCUGUCCGUCCUGUCUGCGUAUGCGUGUGCCUGUGUGCCUACCGAGUCUUGAGCCAGAGCACUCACAAAAGGGGCUACGCAUCCUUUGCUAC